AAUAACAGCAUUUUGGGUUUUCGGAAGAAGAAAUCGCGGAAGACAAAACAGACAGACCUAUGCUAAAUUUGUGUGAGGUUUGGAAUGGAAUGAUGCCCAUGAAAUCGACUAAUGCGGCGUUUGAAAGUUUGGGGAAGUUGAACAUGUUAAAGGACCGCUGUCACUCUGCUGAAAUUUCACCUGUCAGAGUUAUUUUUACGCCACACACUUCCUGCAAAGUAUCCAUCUGUGAUCUUUGUGUGAGAGAAUGUUCCAUGGGAAGGACCAGUUAAAUAGCCUCCAGAACCACAACCCCAAUCAGCAGGAUCUCCGCUGUGAGGAGUGCGGGAAAUGCUACAACACACGAUUAGGUUUGAGACGCCACGUGGCUACACAUGCCACCUCUGCCACCAGCGACCUCACCUGUAAGGUGUGCCGACGGGCUUUUGAGAGCAUGCCCGUGCUACUGGAGCACCUGAGCACUCACACGGGCAGGCCGCCUCCAGAGGGUGCCGUGCGGGAGAGGAAGCACCAGUGUGAGCGCUGUGGGCGGCGAUUCUUCACACGUAAAGAUGUGAGACGCCAUGCCGUUGUACACACGGGUAGGCGAGACUUCCUGUGCCCGCGAUGUGCCCAGCGCUUUGGCCGCCGAGACCAUCUCACCAGACACCUGAAGAAGAGUCACGCCCAGGAGCUUGAUACACUGGUGCCCAUACCACCUGGUGGUGUGAAAGAGGAAGCCAGCCCUGUCAUGUGCCCUUCGGGAUCCAUUAAAGACCCUGUGGAGGCCUUCUCCAUAGGCAUGUUCAGCCCUCAGACCCUGCCAAGUGCUUCUACCUCAGGAGUCCAUCUCCACCACUCCAUGGUGCCAGGAGCCCCCUCUACCACUGUGGGCUUGGGUUGUUACCAUGAUCCCAACAAGCCCCAGCCACAGCAGUACCUUCAGCCAACCAGGUACCAGCCUGGCUCUACUACCUCAUACCUGAAGGCCGAGAUGGAGAACUUCCUAACGGAGCUCCAGUGUGGGCCCAUGCCGCCCCAGGCCUCGGCAGCCUCUCCGGUCUCCCGGCCUCCUGACCUGCUUCCAGAAGGACUCGGCAGUCAAGACACCCACUUCACCCUUAGAAACUCAGCUUUCACCUCAGCUGAGCCUUCCUCUGCUGCUAACAUGGACCUCUCACACUUGCUGGGCUUCUUGCCAUUCGGUCUGCCACCCUACAGCGCCCCUUUGAGUACGGGUGGUGGCCUGGUGAUGGGCUACUCCUCCACCACCACUACAGCUGUGUCCCCCACCUCUACCUCUCAGUUCACUGGGCCACUCUCCUCACUGCAGCCAGCGCCGCUUCCAGAGUCUCAGCCCACAGGGCACUUAAACCAGCUGCCUGGCUUCUCUCCUACCUUGCCCCGGUUCCACCAGGCUUUCCAACAGUAG